CCCUUGGUCUCCGUACAGAAUUACUCCCAGCCAGUGCGCGCAAUUGGUUUGUCAUAGUCGCAGAGAGCUCAGUUUUUCUGGACCCAAACAACUUAGCUUCUUUUUCUUUUUUCUUCUUCUUCACACUCCUCACCUCUUCCGUGGAGCUUUUCUCACAAGAUACCCUCCCUUCCCUACCUCCUCUUGUCCCCACUCCUCAUUUGCCCCCCACUUAAAUUCAUCUGGAUACUCUUUUUUUUCUUCUAUUUUAAAUCGUGUGUUGGUGUGCGUGAGCGCAUGGUGGCGAGAGGGGCUGCUGGCGUUUUUCAAGCUUUUUACGGGACGUGAUGUAGCCUCCCCGCACACAGAAAGGACGCCUUGUGCCAUAAAGGGAUCUAAGGGGACAGUGUACCGUGGAUGCAACGCGAGGAAGCCGCCGUUUCAUCACUGGAUAGUGAAGCAGCAGCGGCAGAUAGAGGCGAUUUUUACGGGGAUAUUGAACGGAGCGACAGGAGGCAACACUUUGGAAUCGCUGCCCUCCUCUCUCCCUCUCUCUCUUCGACCCCCAUCAAGUCUCUCUCUUUCCCCCCACACACACAAACACACACUCGCUGUGCAGUAAAGGACUGUACCUGAAAAGACACUUGAAAUUAACGCUGACUUUGAGGACGGAGUGCUAUUUCCUCCGCCGUUUCUAAAUGCGCGGACAGGAAGUGCUUUCCCUAUCUGGAAUGUGAUAUACGGGAUUUGUUCAGCAGCAGCACUCAAGGACCGCUCUCCUCUCUCAAACUGAGACUUUGGAAGGCAUCUGGAAUCCGAGCAUCAAGGCUUGCUGCGGUCCUGUGGGAAGUGUGGCGCAGUGGAGGGAUCGGUGCCAUAAAGGAAGCACCCAGCUGGGGCAUUUGCCAGCAAAACACUGAGUACUGAACUUAUCUGGGACCUUCAGCAGCGGGCGGUAAGAGGAGGAGGAGGAGGAGGCCAUGUUGACCGCACGCCUGCUAGUCCUCGCCAGCCUCUUCGCACCAGCCGCACUGGCCUUCAGUCGAGCACCCAUCCCCAUGGCGGUGGUGAGGAGGGAGCUGUCGUGCGAGAGCUACCCCAUUGAGCUACGGUGCCCGGGCACUGACGUCAUCCUGAUCGAAAGCGCCAACUACGGCCGCACUGAUGAUAAGAUCUGCGACGCAGACCCAGCACAGAUGGAGAACACACGGUGUUACCUUCCAGAUGCAUACAAGAUCAUGUCUCAAAGAUGUAACAACAGGACCCAGUGUGCUGUUGUGGCAGGACCAGACGUAUUUCCUGACCCGUGCCCGGGAACCUACAAAUACCUGGAAGUCCAGUAUGAAUGUGUGCCCUACAAAGUGGAACAAAAAGGCUCCUCAGUAUUCCUGUGCCCAGGGCUUCUGCGGAGGGUGUACCAGAGCGAGCAUCUCUUUGAAUCGGACCACCAGUCCGGAGCUUGGUGCAAAGACCCUCUUCAAGCUUCGGAUAAGAUCUACUACAUGCCUUGGACACCCUACCGCACGGACACCUUGACCGAAUACUCAUCCAAAGAAGACUUUGUCGCUGGAAGGCCGACAACGACCUACAAGCUUCCGCAUCGCGUUGACGGAACGGGCUUUGUGGUCUACGACGGGGCGCUCUUCUUCAACAAGGAGCGCACACGCAACAUUGUCAAGUUUGACCUGCGAACUCGCAUCAAGAGCGGCGAGGCCAUCAUAGCCAACGCCAACUACCACGACACAUCGCCGUACCGCUGGGGAGGGAAAUCAGACAUUGAUUUGGCUGUUGACGAAAACGGCCUGUGGGUGAUUUACGCGACCGAGCAGAACAAUGGGCGGAUUGUGAUCAGCCAACUCAAUCCCUACACACUGCGCGUUGAGGGGACCUGGGACACGGCGUAUGACAAGCGUUCGGCAUCCAACGCCUUCAUGAUUUGCGGAAUCCUUUAUGUGGUGAAGUCGGUGUAUGAGGAUGAUGACAAUGAAGCGACGGGAAACAAGAUCGAUUACAUCUACAACACAGAACUCAGUAAAGACGGCUUCCUGGACAUCCCUUUCCCCAACUCCUAUCAGUACAUUGCUGCUGUGGAUUAUAACCCCAGGGACAAUCUACUGUAUGUUUGGAACAAUUACCACGUUGUCAAGUACUCUCUUGAUUUUGGAGCAUUGGACAACAGGCUAGAAACGUCCUCCUCGAUAAUGGUGUACAUGGAUACCACGACCACAACAACGAGGACCUCCACCAGACCUCCUGUUACCACGACAACCACGACAUCCAGGACCACCAAGGUGCCCGCCACGACGCCUUUGGUGGUCCAGUCGCCACGAACCACAUCGGCAGUGGUGGAACCGUACCAGACGGUCUUGGAAGAUUUGGAGCAAGAAGAUGUCAACGCGGCGCCGGCCACCGCUAAGCUACCAAAUCUUAGGGUGGAGUACUGCAGUCCACUGGUGAUGAUGGACGUGUCCUGGCCGAGGACGAAGCAGGGAACGUUAGCCAAGAUGCCCUGUCCACCUGGAUCAUUAGGUGUGGCCUCAUACAUGUGCAUGGGCCCCGAAGGAUACUGGGACUCCCAGGGGCCUGACUUUAGCAACUGUACCUCGCCUUGGGUCAACAUCAUCAGCCAAAAGAUAAAAGCCGGAGAGACGGCGGCGGUCAUCGCCCGGGAGCUGGCAGAGCAAACCAAGAGCAAUCUUCAGGCGGGGGACAUCACCUACACGGUGAAGGCCAUGGUUCAGCUGGUGGAUCUGCUUGACGUGCAGCUGAGGAACCUCACACCAGGUGGCAAGGACAGUGCAGCACGGAGCCUCAAUAAGUUGCAGAAGAGAGAGCGCUCGUGUCGGUUUUAUGUUCAGGCCAUGGUGGAGACCGUCAACAAUUUGCUACAGCCGCAGGCCCAGGCGGCUUGGAGGGAGCUGAGCACAGGCGAGCAGCUGAGGGCCGCCACCAUGCUGCUGGACACGGUCGAGCAGGGGGCCUUCGUCCUGGCUGAUAACCUGCUCAAGACGGACAUCGUGCAAGAGAACACCGACAACAUCCAGCUGGAGGUAGCGAGAAUGAGCACAGAUGGGAAUUUGCCUGAUCUGAAGUUCCCACAAUCCGGAGGACAAGGCAACUCUAUCCACCUCUCAGCGAACACACUGAAGCAGCACGGAAGAAACGGUGAAAUCCGAAUAGCGUUCGUCCUGUACAAGCACAUCGGGGUCUAUCUUUCAACUGAGAACGCCAGCAUGAAGCUGGGCAGCGAAGCCCUGGCCACCAACUACUCUGUGAUCGUCAACUCGCCGGUCAUCACAGCCGCCAUCAACAAGGACUCUAACAAAGUCUACCUCUCUGACCCGGUCAUUUUCACCAUUAGACAUCUGCAGCAAUCUGAGGAGAACUUCAACCCCAACUGUUCGUUCUGGAGCUACAGCAAGCGAACCAUGACUGGUUACUGGUCGACGCAGGACUGCCGCUUGCUAGGCACCAACAAGACACACACCACAUGCUCCUGUACACAUCUGACCAACUUUGCUGUCCUCAUGGCUCACGUGGAUGUAAAGAACACCAACCCUGUUCACGAAAUGCUUCUAGACGUCAUUACUUGGGUUGGCAUCCUCCUGUCGCUGGUCUGCCUGCUCAUCAGCCUUUUCACCUUCUGCUUCUUCCGUGGCCUCCAGAGCGAUCGCAACACCAUCCAUAAAAACCUGUGCAUCAGUCUGUUCAUUGCCGAGUCCCUCUUUCUGGUGGGGAUAAAUCGGGGUGACCAGCCGAUUGCGUGUGCUGUUUUCGCCGCCCUCCUCCACUUCUUCUUCCUGGCAGCGUUCACGUGGAUGUUCCUAGAGGGCGUGCAGCUCUACAUCAUGCUGGUGGAGGUGUUUGAGAGCGAGCACUCACGGCGACGCUACUUCUAUCUGGUGGGCUACGGGGUCCCAGCGCUAAUUGUGGCCGUUUCAGCUGCGGUGGACUACCGCAGCUACGGCACCGACCGAGUUUGCUGGCUUCGCCUGGACACCUACUUCAUUUGGAGUUUCAUAGGACCAGCAACCUUGAUAAUUAUGCUCAACGUGAUCUUUCUGGGCAUCGCUCUCUACAAGAUGUUCCAUCACACAGCCAUCUUGAAACCAGACUCUGGUUGCCUGGACAACAUCAAAUCUUGGGUGAUCGGCGCCAUCGCCUUGCUAUGUCUGCUGGGCCUAACCUGGGCUUUCGGCCUCAUGUACGUCAACGAGAGCACAGUGGUGAUGGCCUACCUCUUCACUAUCUUCAACUCCCUGCAGGGAAUGUUCAUCUUCAUCUUCCACUGUGUGCUGCAGAAGAAGGUGCGUAAGGAGUACGGGAAGUGCCUGCGUACUCACUGCUGCAGCGGCAAAAGCGUGGACAGCUCCAUUGGCUCUGGCAAGGGCACCGCCACGCGUGCUCCAGGACGUUAUUCGACGGGAUCGCAGAGCCGCAUCCGUCGAAUGUGGAACGACACGGUCAGAAAACAGUCCGAGUCCUCUUUUAUGACCGGGGACAUCAACAGCUCUGCAUCGCUCAACAGAGGGGCUAUGGCUAACCAUCUUAUACCUAAUGCACUCCUACGUCCUCAUGGCACUAACAAUCCCUAUAAUACAUUGCUUGGGGAAUCGGCAGUCUAUAACAACCCUCUGGGCAUGUACAACACACAAGAGCCCUACAGAGAGACAAAGGGAAUCCUGAACAAUGCCCGGGAUACAAGUGUCAUGGAUACUCUACCACUGAAUGGUAACCAUGGCAACAGUUAUAGCAUUGCCAGCGCUGAGUACAUGAGUGACUGCGUCCAGAUCAUUGAUCGGGGCUAUAACCACAAGGAGACGACCCUGGAAAAGAAGAUCCUAAAAGAGCUCACCUCCAAUUACAUCCCCUCCUACCUCAACAAUUCCCACGAGCGCUCAAGCGAGCAGAAUCGGAACCUCAUGAAUAAGCUGGUCAAUAAUGUUAGCAAUGGCGGCAAGGACGGCGGCUACGGGAUGGGCUUGGGCGUAGGGAUGGGCAUGAAUGUCGCGCUGGGCCUUGAUGACCAUUCCACCUUUGUCCCCCACCACGACGAAGGCCUCGGUUUGGAGUUGAUACGCGAGGAGUCGAACGCCCCGCUGUUGCCGCAGAGGCCGCCCCCAUCCCUGCAGGCGGUGGACAACCUUCACAAUCACCUCCACCAGUCGGCACCCCCACCCCUGCCGCUGCCGCACCACCCCUUCUCGUCCGCCAGCGCUUCCUCCUCGUCUCGAAGGAGGAUCCCCCAGGAGAACAGCGAAAGCUUCUUCCCUUUACUCACCAACGAGCACACUGAGGAAGAAGGCUCGUCGCCCAGCCACAGCCACCAGAGAGACUCCCUCUACACCAGCAUGCCCAUGCUGCCCGGCCUGCCCGACGUGUCCGGAGAAUCGGCAGACGGCUCCAAGGAGGGCGGCGACGCCAAGAGCCCGGAGGCCAGCUCGGACGACGUUUACUACAAAAGCAUGCCCAACUUGGGCUCACGUAACCACCUCCAUCAGCUGCAUUCCUACUACCAGCUAGGGCGGGGCAGUAGUGAUGGCUUCAUUGUUCCCCCCAACAGAGAGGAUCUAUCUCCAGAAGAGGCCCAGCAGGAGCCCUCGCACCUAGUCACCAGCCUAUAGGCCCGAACCCCCUCCCACCCGUGCCCAUUGUAUUCUCGCAGUCCUCUACUCUUCCCCCGUGUGCCCUUGGUCCAUCAGUCGUUGGAAGUGGUAGCCUUUAUUCUCUUUAUUCUGUGUCCCGAAGACUGAGGCGGAGGAAGGAACUGUACCCUCGCUGUUACCGACAACAAGCAGGAUAAUAAUUGCUACGAAUGCGGUGGUGGGGGGCGUCGUCGGCAGUUAAUAUGUGACUCUAUUUAGUUAGACACUGCAGAAGGUUGAUGUUGUGCCCCCUCUCCUCCACUCGUCGCCCCCAACCCACACACCGAACACCCCACAACACCACAUCCACCCCGUCCCCUCCCAAACCCUGUGUGGUUUGCCGUGUUUUGUCUCGUUGUGAAAAGAGACAAUUACUCACACAGGAUUUUUAGGUCUCAGAGAUAUAGUGUUGACAGUCUACAGGAACUGCAUACCCCUAAAGUCUGAAACUGAAGACUUCACCAGAAUUAAAACGAAACAAAAAACAAAAAAAAGACUAUUUUAUUAUACUUCUGUAUCUAUAUUGACUUUUUGAGAGAUUUUCUUCCUCUUUGGUGAGUUGCAGCACAUUUUGUUUGCUGAAGUGUCCCUUCAAUGAAAAAAAAAGACAAAAACCACACAUAUACGCACACACAGAUACAUUUUGGACAGUUACCAUAAAGGAAUUAUUGAUUGUAUGCUUUUAAGCAUAACUGUUCUUUUUUUUUGUUGUUGUUUGUUUUUGUUUCUUUCUUUGAUUUUACUGUAAUUCCAGUUGUUAAAAGAGGGAGAAAAAAACUAAUAAGAGAAUUGCGAGAUAUUUCUAUGUAACUGUACAGAUAACUAGCAUUGCACAUAAUAGUAUGCUUUUUUUCCCGUUCCAAGCGAACCCUUUUGUCUCUGUAAAUGUAGUGAUUAGGAGCAAUUUUGUUCUCUUGUGCUGGCCCUUCUGGGCUUUUGGUGCCAGUCUGUUUUUUUUCUUUCUCUUUUAUCACUUUCUGAGAAAUGACCAUCGAAAUAGGAGCAAAAUUACACAAAAAAUACCACAAGAACACACUUAUCGUGCCGCAUUUUCGUGAACCGUAUUCACCUUUCUUUUUCAGGUCUGUUUUUUUUUUUUAUUAUUAUUAUUUCCGCCUGGUUCGUUUUCUCUUUCGUUUUCAAAUCUCUUUUUUUUACUGUGUAGAUAGCAGAGCUCUGAUUCACAGAUUGUCAAGGAGACAGAAUCAGUCCAAUUUAAUCACGAGGUGUCCCUCAGAAAGUUUAUAGUGCAUCCUGCAUCUAUAUUGGCAUUCAGAAAACGCUUGUGCUUCUCAGAAAGAGAACAAAUUGAACCUUGAUGAGCACUAGACACUUGUGCAAAAAAAAACAAAGAAAGAUGGCUGUUUUACUUAUUAAAGAAAGAGCUUUUGAAGUGAGAAAAACUGGAAGUGUUUUUCUUUUUCUUCCUCAAGGAGAAAAUCUAUUUAUUUAUUUGUUAAAUAAACAGUAAUAAAGGAUGGGAGCAAGUUUAGCAGCAAAAAGAAGUUUUUCUUAUUGGCUAUAAUUAUGGCUUCUUAUUUAUUCUUUUUUUUUUGUAUUGGUUUCCGAGUUGAAUGACCUCAUAACUAAUAUUUGUUGUAACAGUGAAACUUGUUUGCCAACAAAUAAAUUACUGAUUAAGAUUUAUCAUGUAGCUAUGACAAAAGUGCUGGUGUUUUGUCUGAGUCCCGGGACACUUUUGUAUGGAUAACAGCCGAAGACCUCCAAAUAACGGAACGAUCGAGUCUUUUCUUACUUCUGAGUUCGUAUUCGUCAUUAGCCCUCUGUCCAUUUUAGUGCCAAGUCAGUUUUGGCCCCGGCAACAGUGGAUGUGCUCUGUAUGCUCUGGUCUGCUUUAUAAUAGAAGCAGUGGUUUCAUAAGCUGUAAUAAA